AACGAAGAAAACAAUGACUCAAUCGAAAAAGUCAACAAAUUGUUUAAUUAUACAUUAAUUUAAUGCGUUGAAGUUUGUUUUUAUAAAUCGUGCAACAAAAUGGGAAGUUUAUGUUCAUCAUGUUGUGGUAGUUCCUCGGAGGAAACAAAUUUAAUGCCAUCGCCCGAGACCCGUAGGAAACAACUCUUGGAAGCGGCCGAAAAAAGACGUCAAGAAAACGAGCAUAGAGGUAUAAAAGAUCCCGAACGGGUCAAAAGGCAGCAGCGACUCAAUGAAGAAAAAGAACGACGUGAAGAAGAGGCAGCACGUAUGGGAGCAACUGGACAGCCCGCAUUAAAGUGGCAGCAAGAUUAAACAACCACCAAUAUGUAUUCUACUUAUUCUUAACAAUAUAAAAGUCUGAAAAAACGCAUCUAAAGUUUUUUUUUAAUUGACCACGAUUACACACAAAAACACUGCUGUAAACUCAAAAAUUCCUUAUGGUUGAAUGGGGUCAAUACUACUAAAAUAUAUAUAAAAAAAUGUAAUAAAGACAUUUAUCUACACUUGUAUACUAAAAUUUAAGUCUAUAUAAUACGUAUACUGCACUCUCUUUCAUUAUUCUACAUUUUUUGUUACAAUAUACAUUUUAUUCUUUGUUACUUUUGUUGUAUUAUGGGAAGCCAUACAAAAUUUACUUUCAAAUUAUUGGUUUCAUUAUUUAAUGUUAUUAAAAAUUGCUUAAUACCAAAUAAAAAUCAUAUACAUAUGUAUUACUAUUUAUCAUAUUUAAUACUAACAUUUAAUACCAAAAUAAAAAUAACAUGUUCUAUUUAAUAAAAUAAAGUAAUUUGUUGUGCUUAAAUUUACAAACCUAAA